AUGCUGGCUGAGGUGGCGCGGCGGCGCUCGUCAUGGUUGCGCUCUCUGGCGACGGCCCGGCGUUUGUCGCGGCCAAUGAAGCUUCAGGAUACUGUGCGAAGCCGCGAGAAAGACGUCGACGAUGACGCAGCGUCAGACAAGCGGCCGUCGGUCCGCGGUGAAAGAAGAUCAUCAGGUGCCAAGCCCCAGAGUCUUAACACCCACUUGCAACUGCAGCUGCACGCCAGCGGUGGUGGCGAUGCGACGUUUGAUGCAGGAGCCAAGAGGAAGGAGACGGAAAGGUUGGUGGAGCAGCACGUGAUGAAGGAGCAGAAGGUGAUACUGCAUGCACAGGCGAAUGUUGGGGAAUUCCCCUCGCUUAUCGCCAGCAAAUCGCCUGUUCCGAAAGAUGUCGCGAGAGCUAGAAACAGUUUACACAAAAUGGCAAGAGAUUUAGCAGAUCCCCGUGUAGCGGUUGCCAGAGAGACGAGCUACCAGCGAGCCAGGAGGCAGCUUAAAGCUGCAACGGGCAAGUUGGACCGCUUGCUGUACGCCAUGCGCCAACGGCGGGAUUACGCACAAGUGGAAGCAGUGGUGUUUGUGUGGGAAGAGGAGUUCCCGCACUUUGCAGGCCAACGCAAGCACUGGUCCGUCAUCUGCGAGCACUACGCCUGGGCUUUAAACAGCCAACAGCGAUUCCACGACGUCGUUGAUAUAUUCUCCAACUGCUACAGUGACGAUGAAAAGGAGGCACAAACCUCUUGUAGCCUCUACCUCUUGACACCGCGAUUGGCUCAGUCCAUUUUUGUUGCGCUUGGACAUCUUCGCGACGCUGACGGAGCGCUGCGACUGCUAGAUACGAUGCAGCGCCAUGGUGUUCAUGUGACGAAAGUAUCGUACUUUCAUGCACUGAAUGCUCUGCUGCAUGAUCAAUCAUUCAUCUGA